AUGUCGGAUGAGGAUUCCCGUGUCAGCACCAGCUCGUCAUCUUCUUCCUCCAAUCAAAACAAACCAAAGGACACACCUUGCAAGAAACGGGAGAGCAAAGCCAGUAUGAGCAAGACCUCCAAGCUGCUAUCCACCAGCGCGAAGAGGUAACACCCAAACCUCAUGAAAUAUUGGUGGUUGUCACACACAACACCCACAAAGUGACAUUUAGCCAGAGGGGUGGGUUAAUAUCCUAGAUGAUUGUAGCUAGCACUAGGAUUUUCUCUGUACUUUAUUUGUGUUUCAAACUAUUCUAGCCUCACUGUAUUGGACCAAAAUAUCUGUGCCAUUUUUACUUUCGCAAGUCCGUGGCUGAGAAAACAAAGAUGUGUAAAGGUAUGUCUGGGUAAUCAAUGAUUGAUCUGAAUGCAUGUUUGUUUCUGCAGGAUUCAGAAAGAGCUGGCAGAUAUCACGCUGGACCCUCCGCCAAACUGCAGGUUGGUUUUAUUUGAGCUCAUCUUCUCUGUUCCAAUCUGUCCCCAGUGUCUUGCAUAUUGCCAUAGUCAAUACGUACAGACGACUCUCAAAACAAUAAAGGCUUGCAUUACUUUCUGAUGUUUCUCAUGUUGUCCCAUAUGCUGAUAAAAUAAAGCUACACCCUCUAUUUUGAUCAAACUGUUUUUACUUGAAAUGCCAGGCUGGAUUAAGCACAAUUUUACGUCUCCCUCAUUGUAUUGGAUCAGCCUUGUAGUCAUGACUCCCUAGAUAAUUCCCACUACAUGUUCAGCAUGUACCAAGGAUAAAGGCUGAUUUGCUCUGUGGAAAUCAAUAUGGGUCAUGAUACAGAGGCACGGCAUCAGUGAUUGGUUGUGAAUGGAGGCUUCUUUGAAGCUUGAGAGAAAAUGUACUGUUCUGUGUGGUCACCAAGUGAGUACAACCCCAAGGGAUAAUAGGCUCUAAACAGUUUGGCAGAACUGCUACAAACAAGUUUUUUGCAGGUGCAAUACUUUAAAUGGACAAUCGAUUCAUCCAUUUUGGGACUUCUGAAUUAAUGAAAUGUACCCAUUGAUUCUUGAAGAAUAUAACUUAUUCUAUAACCUUAUGAGCUUAGUUCAACUGUUGUACCCUAUCAGAACCCAAAAUAUAUAAGCUUGUUUCACUCCAAUGUUUGUAACACUAUAUAGCCUCAACACAUGGUUAAAAGUAUAAUUUUGAAAUCAUGGAUGGUCAGUCUCACCAUCCAUAGCUCUGUCAAUGAAUUUGAGUGGUGUUUCAGCUUUUUACCGAAACGAGUGGGGAGAAUGCUUUGUCAUUUUUUCAACUGCUGAUUGACGCUUUAAGUUAUCUGUCCCUUGUGGCAAUGAGACGAAGUACACACACACACACACAAACGACCUGAGCCAUAACAAUAACAAAGAACGUGGUCCGGUUUACGCCAAUUAGGGAGACUGUUCUCCUUUGGUUUUCCUGGUGGGUAACGACAAAGAAGUUGGAUAAAGCACUUACAGAUCUGUGACCAGGCUAAUAGUGUAACAUAAUCUGUAACUUUUUCUCAUUUAAUUUCAGCGCUGGCCCCAAAGGAGACAACAUCUAUGAGUGGAGGUCAACCAUCCUGGGACCACCGGGCUCUGUUUACGAGGGAGGGGUCUUUUUCCUGGACAUCGCCUUCACACCCGACUACCCCUUCAAACCACCCAAGGUACUGGGCAAUCGUCAGCUUCCUGUCACUACUUACUCUACACCACAAAACAGUCAUCUUGGUUUAGUCCCUCGCAAUGAAUGGGACAGAUUUACUUAGCAUUGAUUUGCGUGUUAUUCGGGGUAUACACAGCCAAAAAUGCGACCGGCGAUGACGUUAUAUUGUUAUAUUGUGCCUCUGCAAAAUGAUUGCCACCACAGCAAAAAAAGAAAACAAAAAAUGAUACUCUUACCAAGACUCACUUUCCAGAUGCUAGAGAGCUAUUUACACGUGUGCCUCUGUGUGCGCGUUAUGUGCAUGUGCGAGUCGGGUCGUUGCCAGAGACAGCAAGGUAUCCUAUACAAUUUGAUAGAUAACAACAACACUAACUAAAUAGCCAAUUCGGAACAUAGCUUGUAGCUUGGCUAGUUAGCUCACUAGUUAGUUCGCUAGUUAACUUUUCCGUUCUAAGUUUCAUUCCAUGUGCUAAAAACAAAUCCAAAAGCUUCAUUGAAAUUUGCUCGAUGAAUGAAAUUAGAUUUUAUAUGAACUAUUUAUGAUGUCACAUUUGAUAAUUUCAAUAAAAUAUGGAAUUUCUCUUUGUGAAUGGUGAAAUGAGGAUGACUGAAUUUCCUCCAGUUUCUAGAACACACCAGGCAGCAUAUCUACAGUACCAACCAUCGCUGCGGUUUGAUAGAAUUUCCUUGUUAAUAUGUUGAAGUACUCUCAUCAACCACCAAGUGACUCCUCCACUUGGGUGCCAGAACAGUCUAUGGAUGUGAUUUUCUUUCACGUUUAGAUAUUUUCUGCUUCGUGUGUUUAAAUGAUUCAGUUGUUAACGCUUGAAUUAAGUUUGGGACAAUACCAGUAUCGCAAUAUUUUUUCCAUGGCAAAAAUUAAAACACGAAAGAGACCAAACUCUUUGGUCCUUUAAAAACCUGCUGUAUCUAAAAUAUUGUGUGAUUUAUAGCUUGGAAAAUAAAUAAAUGUGACUCUGGAUGACAACAUAAUUAUGUUUGUUUCCAACAUUAGAGCAGUUUUGCUAAAUAAAUAAAAUCUGCUUCAUGUUUUGUUUCCUUUCCUUAUUGCCACGAUACUAACGAGUAUAGCGAGACUGUUAUCAUCCAGGCCCUACAUGCAUUGUCUUUUGCCCCAAUAAAGGUUGAUCCACUUUAAUAAAUAGCUAUACUGAACAAAAAUAUAAACGCAACAUGCAACAACUUCAACGAUUUUACUGAGUUACAGUUCACCUAAGGUAAUUAGUCAAUUUAAAUAAAUUAUUUAGGCCCUAAUCUAUGGAUUUCACAUGACUGGGCAGGGGCGCAGCCAUGGGUGGGCCUGGGACGACAUAGGCCCACCCACUGGGGAGCUAAGCCCAGCCAAUCAGAAUGCUUUUUUUUCCCACAAAAGGGCUUUAUUAUAGACAGAAAUGCUCCUCAGUUUCAUUAGCUGUCUUGGUGGCUGGUCUCAGACAAUCCUGCAGUUGAAGAAGCUAGAUGUGGAGGUCCUGGGCUGGCAUGGUUACAUGUGGUCUGCGGUUGUGAGGCUGGUUGGACGUACUGCCAAAUUCUCUAAAACAACGUUGGAGGCGGCUUAUGGUAGAGAAAUUAACAUUAAAUUAUCUGGCAACAGCUCUGGUGGACAUUCCUGCAGUCAGCAUGGCAAUUGCACGCUCCCUCAAAACUUGAGACAUUUGAGACAUUUGUGGCAUUGUGUUGUGUGAGACAACUGCACAUUUUAGUGGCCUUUUAUUGUCCCCAGCACAAGGUGCACCUGUGUAAUGAUCAUGCUGUUUAAUCAGCUUCUUGAUAUGCCACACCUGUCAGGUGGAUGGAUUAUUUUAGCAAAGGAGAAAUGCUCACUAAAAUGGAUGUAAACCAAUUUGUGCACCACAUUUGAGAGAGAAGCUUGUGCAUAUGGAAAAUGUCUGGGAUCUUUUAUUUCACCUCAUGAAACAUGGGACCAACACUUUACAUGUUGCGUUUAUAUUUUUGUUCAGUAUAGAUUUUGAUCUAGAGUUUCUAGCCUUAUGUUUAAUAUGCACGUGGCAGGUACGUUAUCAGUUUUCUACUGUUUUGUUUUUCCUCAAGGUAACAUUUCGGACGAGGAUCUACCACUGUAACAUCAACAGUCAGGGGGUGAUCUGUCUGGACAUCCUGAAGGACAACUGGAGCCCUGCCCUCACCAUCUCCAAGGUGCUGCUGUCCAUCUGCUCUCUGCUCACAGACUGUAACCCAGGUAAGAGAUCCAUCAAACCAUGACGGGGAUCCUAACUGGCUUCCUUGUCCCCUUUUACUAGUUUCUCUUCAGAUCUGCAUCUGUCCCAGGCUGAAAAUAUUAGUAUUCCUGACUCCCGAGAAGGGUCAAAUUGAAUCUGCAGGUAACAUGGUAAAUAGCAAAUACCGGACCAUUUCUUUGGUGUCAUUUUGUCCUCAGAUAUGGAAGACUUUAAAAAAUAUAUAUUAUGGGUAACACUUUGAAGCCCACACACAAUGCCUUAUAAGUGCAUUUAUAAUUCCUUAUGAUACCACUGAUAGUGCAUUAUAACACUUGCUAUAAGCUGUCAUAACUCAUAAAUAGUUAUAAAAUGCAUUUAAUUCAUCACUUGGAGCAAAGUAAUUGUUUCAAGAUUCACCACCCUCAUCUAACUGUUAUUUCCUUAAUGUUGUCUUUCACUUACAGCUGAUCCCCUGGUUGGAAGCAUCGCCACCCAGUACACAACAAACAGAGCAGAGCAUGACAGAACAGCCAAACAGUGGACGAAGCGGUACGCCACAUAGGCCCAUAGAGCACAGCAGUCUGUGGGGGAUUUUUAGUACUUUAUUGUCUGGUAUAUUUUUUGGUUCCUGAUUAAGUUAUCUCUGC